UGUAAAGCAAUACUAGCUGCUGGCAUCAGGCCUCCUUCUCUCUGCCAGCUGUCUCCGUACUCCGCACUGUUUCUUCCUUCGCGGCCGCCGUACAUCAUUGUUGUCAACAAACAUGGCGUCCUCAAUGUCACUCCUCGGCUUGAGACGUUUGUCUUUGAUCAAUGCGGCUUCCAAAAUGGUCCUGAAUCCUAUCAGGUCUACAAGCACAACCGCAUCGAGGCUGGCAGAGAAACCAGGACAAGACACGCAACUUAUCACAGUUGAUGAGAAACUGGACAUCACUACUCUGUCGGGUGUCCCGGAGGAGCACAUCAAAACACGUAAAGUCCACAUCUUUGUUCCCGCCAAGACGGCCAUGCAGUCCGGAGCCAACAGCACCAAGAAGUGGAAGCUGGACUUUGACACCAGAGAGCGCUGGGAGAACCCACUGAUGGGCUGGGCCUCAACUGGGGAUCCCUUGUCCAACAUGAUGCUUAGUUUCUCCUCCAAGGAAGACGCCAUUGCUUUUGCUGAGAAAAACGGCUGGAGCUACGACGUCACAGACAAGAGGAGCGCAAAGCCCCGCGUCAAGUCCUACGGAUCAAACUUCUCCUGGAACAAGAGGACCAGGAGGUCUGCUAAGUGAAGUGAAGACAGCCACCUGUUAGCUGUUUGACCUCAGUGUGUCCCACUGCCGACCUGUAUCAUUCUUGUCAAUAAAUGCAUAAUUAUAUAUGUGUGAACCAAA